AUGUCCAUGCUGUACUACACUCUGAUUAUAGCUUUUUUGAUCGGCACACAGGCAGCUCCAAAGUCAGAGGACGAUGCUCCACUGGAGUAUCCUGCAGAACACCCCCCGCUCAAUCCCCACCGGAGCAACAGACACAACAUUCCCAAGGCAGCUCCACAGACAUCCCACAGCCACUCUGCUUGGACAGCUGGCAGAAGAGAAGCUAUAAAUAUCACCAUGGACCCCAAAUUUUUUAAGAAGAGGCGUUUCCGGUCUCCUCGCGUGCUGUUCAGCACGCUGCCCCCGGUGGCAGGGCAAGGACAGAACACGGGAUUUCUCAGCAGCGCAGGUUCUCUCAACAGGACUGCCAGGACCAAGAGGACCGCGCACCCCGUGUUACACCGGGGAGAGUUCUCGGUGUGUGACAGCGUCAGCAUGUGGGUUGGGGACAAAACCACAGCCACUGACAUUAAAGGUAAAGAGGUGACGGUGUUGGGAGAGGUCAACAUUAACAACAACGUUUUUAAGCAGUAUUUUUUUGAGACCAAGUGCAGGGACCCUAAGCCAGUCUCCAGCGGGUGCCGAGGGAUUGAUGCAAAGCACUGGAACUCUUACUGCACCACAACACACACCUUUGUCAAAGCGCUGACAAUGGAGGGCAAGCAAGCAGCCUGGCGAUUCAUUCGGAUUGACACAGCCUGUGUGUGUGUGCUCAGCACCCUGAGAUGGGUCUAA